GAAAUAGAAAGCCUUCUUUUCUCUAUUUAAGCGCGCCAACAAAGACUAUCACAGGGGAUCUAUCUGUACUUAGUUCGCUGCACACUAGACCGUGUGUUUUGUCUGUCCAUUGUCUCUGCUUUCGUCCUGGGAAAAAAAUGCCAGAGGAAACGUCCGCAGCGUCAAGCUCUGGAAGUGUGGAGGAGAAGCCGUGCUCUUCAGCAGCUGCAGACAGUUCUGUAGACGCUAUGGAGGAGGCAAAGAAACUGAUCGGCACAGGGAACAGGCAUCUAGUGAUGGGCGAUGUCGUUUCUGCUGUCAGUGUCUUCCAGGACGCCUGCAGCAUCCUGGCUGCAAAGUACGGGGACACUGCAGAUGAGUGUGGUGAGGCCUUUUUUCUAUGUGGGAAGUCCCUACUGGAGCUUGCCAGGAUGGAAAACGGUGUCCUUGGUAAUGCGCUGGAGGGAGUCCCAGAAGAAUCUGAGGAAGAGGAGCAGCCUAAAAACUCAAAUAUUGAGAGCGCCAACAAUCUUGAUGAAAAAACCAGAGAGGAGCUGCGAAAGCAGGUGUAUGAUGCAAUGGCAGAGGAGGAAAAGACUGGGGAAGUUGACACCAAGCUUGAGUCGGAGGCUGAAAGAGGCAACACUGAAGUGAAAACAGAAAAUGAUGUGCCAAAGUCCCCAGUCAAACACAUGAAUGCAUCAGAGGAACCCUCGAGUUCACUUGUGAGUGGGGAAGAGAGAAGCUCAGUCCAGAAAGCUGACGUAAAUGGAGCUGAGAAGAGCCCAGUUGCUCCUGUGAUUAGUGUGGGACAACAGAAUGGCAAGGAGACAAUGGCAAAGCCAGAAGAAAAAGAUAAGGAACCCGAGCCUGAGGCUGAACAGGACAACGAGGAACCUGAGGGCAAUGAUGAUGAUGAUGAUGACGAUGAUGAGGAUGGAGAGAGAAAUGGAGAAGAUAAGGAAGAAGAGGAUGAAGUUGGGAAUUUACAGUUGGCAUGGGAGAUGCUGGAAGUAGCUAAAGUCAUCUACAAAAGAAAGGAAAGCAAAGACGACCAGCUGAUGGCAGCCCAGACAUAUCUGAAACUCGGAGAAGUCAGUGCUGAAUCAGGUAACUAUCCCCAGGCGCUAGAAGACUUCCAGGAGUGUCUUGCCCUACAGCUAAAGCACUUGCCUCCACACAGUCGCCUGCUGGCUGAGACCCACUACCACGUUGCCACUACCCUGUGCUACAUGGAUCAGUACAGCCAGGCCAUCCAGCACUACAACAGUUCCAUAAAAGUCAUUGAGACUCGUCUGGCCAUGUUGCAGGAAGUGAUAGCUUCAGCAGAUGGGGCAGGAGAGGAGACGAAUGAAAUGGAGGAGCUGAAGCAGCUUCUGCCUGACAUCAGGGAAAAGGUUGAGGAUGCCAAAGAGAGCCAGAAAACGGCUAGCGCUGCCUCCCAGGCCAUCCAGCAGACACUAGGUGGAGCCUCAACUUCAUCAGCAUUUCUAUGUGAAAAUGGGGAACCUUCAUCAUCCUCAGCAUUUGAAACAGCCAACCAGAUCCCUGUUAAACCAUCUAGCAGUGCCUCGUCUUCCAAAGCCCCCUCAGACAUUUCCCACCUCGUCAGGAAAAAGAGGAAACCAGAGGAGGAGAGCCCAGUAAAGGACACUGAUGCUAAACAAGUGAAACAGGAAGCCACAGUUAAUGGCAGCAGUGACUCUAGUGCCAGCAACGGCAAUGGAGUCCAGGAGGGAAAAUCACAGGAGCCUGCCAACCAGUCAUCCUCUGUCAAGUCUUCAGCGUGACUAUUGUCGUCUCUUUCCUGAUCUUCAAAACCAGCACAGCAUGCCGGUCUAGCUCCUCUCCACCUUCGACACUUGUUUCUGUAAAUAAGAUCCAUUUUCAUAGAUCUGUCUGUCCAGUUUUGUAUACUUGUAGUUUAAAAAAAAAAUAAAAAAAAAUUUGCAUAUGUAA